GCCGCCCUGCCAGACAACCUACUGGUGCCCUCAAUCAGGGGAAGCCUUCGAAUGUUUCGAAUCAGAUCCAAACGCCAAAUUUUGCCUGAAUAGUGGAAAAACAUCUGUGGUCAUCUGCUCCAAAUGCAGGAAGAAGUACGAAUUCUGCAGGUAAAUACAAAAAAAUAAAUAAAUAAAUAAAACAAAAAUAAAUGACAAUCAUGCAAUCAAUUCACUUCUCCGUGGUUUUUUGCACAUUUGUGUUACCGCUCAGGUUAGGAUUUCCAUUUUUUAAAAAGCCAGGUCUCGUACCACCUACAAAAGUAACAAUGUAAUGUACUACUUUUUAAGGGGUUUGGGGGGGGGGGGGGGAGGGUUUUGUAAUUUUUUUUUAGAUGAAAAAGGUAAUAAAAAAAAUAAGUAAUAUUUUUUUUUUUUUUUUUUUUUUUUUUUUACAUUUUAAUCAGUUCAGAAUUAGUAUGAUUAUUUUAAUUAUUUUUUAAAAUAUUUUCUACAAACAACGUUGGGAAUAGCUACAAUAUACAUCUGUGAUAGUUAUUAGACGCUUAUUUUGCCUAUGUGAUUUUGAACAAGUCAUUAUUUCAUAACUCAUUUUUAAAUGUUAGAUCUUCAAAUUUGUUCUAAAAUCUUUUCUAGCACGUAAAUGAUUUUCUGAAGUUGUCUACCGUUCUAGUUACUUCCCCUUUUUUAAAGAAAAUUAUAUCAUUUUAUUUAAGUUUAAACAAAAAAACAUUCUGCCCUAAUACUAGUUAUACUAUUGUGGGAAUUAUUGUCAGAAACGGCCUCAAAGUAUCCAAGAGACCCGAUUAUGAUUGUGGAGCUGGCUGGGAGAGCACCCCUUGCACUGGAGACAACAGUGCUGUCCCCGCUGUCUUCUAAAUAUGGAAGGUCAGUUUCGAU